AUGAAGGUUACGAGUGCCAUCACCCCUUUCUGGGGAACGGCUUUUGCUCUAAGCAACAGUCCUCAAAAUGCCGGAAGGUAUACAUUCGCCGCACCGUACGACCAGUCGUUCCUGGAAGGCUACUCCGUCAUUAAACAUAUCGGAGGUUGUGGCCCAUACUCCAACAGGCAAUCUUAUGGCAUUGGCCGCGAUCCCCCAGAUAGCUGCGCCGUUGACCAGGUUAUCAUGAUUCGGCGUCAUGGCGAGCGAUAUCCCCAAGCCGUUGAUGGUGCCAAGAUGAAGCGAGGCUUGACGAAGCUUCAAGAUUCUAACAUCACUGAUUGGCGAGGAGACUUGCGAUUUCUCCCUGACUGGGAGUUCUAUGUCACGGACGAAGGUCUUUAUGAGCUAGAAACAGACACUGGCCCAUACAGUGGUCUGCUUACAACGUACAAGCAUGGAUCCGAGUAUCGGACGAGAUAUGGCCACCUGUGGGAUCAAUCGAAGAAUACGACCGUUCCGAUGUGGACAGCCGAGUUUGAAAGAGUUGUCCAGACUGCUAGAAAGUUUGGCGAAGGUUUUUUUGGUUGGAACUAUACAAACACAGUGGCCCUCAACAUGAUACCCGAAACUACAGCCAUGGGUGCAAACAGUCUUACACCACGAUGUCCCGCUGACAACCGAUCUGCCUGCAGUAGUCUCACGUACUACAUGCCACAGUUUGAUGUCGCCGCCUCCAGAUUGAACAAGCAAAAUCCGGGGCUUCAUUUAAACUCCUCGGACGUAUAUGGACUUAUGCUGAUGUCGGCCUAUGAACUUAACGUGCGAGGCUUUUCGGAAUGGACAAACGUGUUCACACUCGAUGAAUGGCUCAGCUUUGGCUACACACAAGACCUACAGUUCUACUACUGCGCUGGGCCGGGAAAUCCAUAUAUGAAGGCCGUUGGGGGCGUAUACAUGAAUGCCUCACUGGCACUUAUGAAGCAAGGACCAAGAAAAUCUGGCAGCCUCAUCUUUAACUUCUCCCAUGAUACCAACAUCACACCUAUUCUUGCCGCACUUGGCAUAGGCACCCCGGAUAAGCAUCUGCCAAAGGACCGGCCCCCAUUCCCUAACACCUACGCCACGGGCAACCUGAUGCCGAUGGGCGGCCAUUUAACGUUUGAGAGAUUGUCUUGCAACGCGACCGCCACUUCAAAGGAGGACUCAUUCGUUCGAGUGGUACUGAACGAGGCGGUGGUGCCGUUCAAUGAUUGCCAGGAUGGACCAGGCUAUUCUUGUUCCCUUGCAAACUACACCAAGCUGGUGGACAACAUGCUGGACGACUACGUUGAGACUUGCAAGGUGAAUGCUAGUAUGCCCCAUUAUUUGGACUUUUGGUGGAAUUACAAUACCACCACUGAGUUCACCACUCAGCAUGAGAAAUAUAUCCCGUAUCAGGGGUCUGGCGUGGUUUAG